AUGUCUUCCAGACCAGAGUUGAAGGUCGACGACGAGCACGGAUUCAUCCGUUUCUUCAAGUCUCUGCCCACAGUAAGCGAUGAGACCGUCCGAAUAUUCGACCGAGGCGACUGGUACACUGCCCAUGGCGACGAUGCCAACUUCAUUGCCCGAACUGUCUACAAGACCACCUCCGUGGUCCGCCAGCUGGGCAAGAAUGACCACACCGGCCUGGCAUCAGUGACCAUGACCGUCACUGUCUUUCGACAAUUCCUCCGAGAAGCACUCUUCAAGCUCGGCAAGCGAGUCGAGAUCUGGUCAAGCGUUGGCGGCCGCAUGAACUGGAAGAUCGCCAAACAAGCCUCUCCAGGAAAUCUCCAAGACGUGGAAGAAGAUUUGGGAGGCCAAUUCGAUGGUGCGCCCAUGAUCAUGGCCGUCAAGUUCUCCGCAAAGGCUAGCGAGGCACGAAGCGUCGGUGUGUGCUUCGCGGACGCCAGUGUUCGCGAAUUGGGAGUCAGCGAGUUUCUCGACAAUGACUUAUACUCCAACUUCGAGGCUCUUCUAAUCCAGCUCGGAGUCAAGGAGUGCCUGAUACAGUUCGACAAGAGUGACAAGGACAAAGACCCCGAGUUGGCAAAAUUGAAGCAGAUCAUCAGCAAUUGUGGCAUUGCCAUGUCAGAGCGGCCUGCGGCGGACUUCGGGACCAAGGACAUUGAACAAGAUCUUGCAAGAAUACUGAAAGACGACCGUUCCGCCUCGAUGUUGCCACAGACAGACUUGAAGCUGGCCAUGGGAUCUGCCGCCGCGCUGAUCAAAUACCUCGCUGUCCUUCAGGAUCCCUCCAACUUCGGACAGUACCAGCUGUAUCAACAUGACCUCUCGCAAUUCAUGAAAUUGGACGCUGCUGCCCUGAAGGCUCUGAACUUGAUGCCAGGAGCACGUGAUGGCUCCAAGACCAUGAGUCUGUAUGGUCUGUUGAAUCACUGCAAGACGCCAGUGGGCAGCCGAUUGUUAUCCCAGUGGCUAAAGCAGCCUCUCAUGAGCAAGGACGAGAUUGAGAAGCGCCAGCAGCUGGUCGAGGCUUUCGUCAAUGACACUGAACUUCGACAGAUCAUGCAGGAGGAGCAUCUCAGAUCCGUUCCUGAUCUUUACCGACUGGCCAAAAAGCUGCAGCGGAACAAGGCCAACCUGGAAGAUGUUGUAAGAGCAUACCAGGUUAUAAUCCGACUGCCCGGAUUCAUUGGAACCUUUGAAGCAGUGAUGGACGAGGCGUACCGUGAUCCUCUGGAUGCCGCCUACACCACCAAACUGCGUGAGCUAUCUGAUAGUCUCGUCAAGCUCCAGGAGAUGGUGGAGACGACGGUGGACCUUGACGCGAUGGACCAGCACGAAUUCAAGAUCAAGCCCGAGUUCGACGAUAACCUGCGGGUCAUAAGCAAGAAGCUGGAUCACCUCCGACAUGACAUGAACAAGGAAUUUGUGAACGCAGCCAACGAUCUCGGCCAAGAGCAGGACAAGAAAAUCUUCCUCGAGAAUCACAAAGUACAUGGAUGGUGCAUGCGACUUACGCGAGCUGAGGCGGGAUGUAUUCGCAACAAAAAGGAGUACAAGGAGUGCUCAACGCAGAAGAACGGCGUCUACUUUACCACUAAUCAUCUUCUCAGCAUUCGCCGCGAAUUCGACCAGUUGUCACAAAACUACAACCGCACACAGAGCGGCCUGGUCAAUGAGGUCGUCGGCGUUGCGGCGUCAUACUGCCCGGUCCUCGAGAAACUGGCAGGUGUCCUCGCUCACUUGGACGUCAUUGUGUCCUUCGCCCACUGCUCUGCACACGCCCCGAUCUCCUAUGUACGGCCCACGGUACAUGAGCGCGGGCAAGGCCGAACGAUCCUCAAGGAGGCUCGCCAUCCGUGCAUGGAGAUGCAGGAUGACGUACAGUUCAUCACCAACGACGUGGAGCUCACGCGGGACAAGUCCUCAUUCCUUAUCAUCACAGGCCCAAAUAUGGGCGGCAAGUCCACAUAUAUCCGCCAGAUCGGCGUGAUCGCUCUGAUGGCUCAAGUCGGCUGCUUUGUGCCGUGCAGCGAGGCAGAACUGACCGUGUUCGACUCCAUCCUUGCACGAGUAGGCGCAAGCGACUCCCAACUCAAGGGCGUCUCGACCUUUAUGGCCGAGAUGCUGGAGACGGCCAACAUCCUGAAGUCCGCGACAGCGGAAUCCCUAAUCAUCAUCGACGAGCUGGGUCGCGGUACAUCGACCUAUGACGGCUUCGGGCUAGCAUGGGCGAUAUCCGAGCACAUCGUCAAAGAGAUUGGCUGCUUCGCCUUGUUCGCGACGCACUUCCACGAGCUGACGGCGCUGGCGGAGCAGUACCCUCAAGUCACGAACCUGCACGUCACAGCGCAUAUAAGCGGUACGGGCAACGACAAGGACAGCAAGAGGGAGGUGACGCUGCUGUACAAGGUCGAGCCGGGCAUCUGCGACCAGAGCUUUGGUAUCCACGUUGCCGAGCUGGUGCGUUUCCCGGACAAGGUGGUCCGCAUGGCGAAGCGCAAGGCAGACGAACUGGAGGACUUCACGACCAAGCAUGAGGAGGGGGCAGUGGGCAAGUACAGCAAGCAGGAUGUGGAAGAGGGGAGCGCAAUGCUGAAGGAGGUGCUCGUGCGCUGGAAGGAGCAGGUGCAGGGCGGGGAGAUGAGCAAGGACGAGAUGGUGGCCAAGCUGAGGGAGUUGGUCAAGGCUGAUGCGAGGCUGACCAAGAACCCAUUUUUUGAGAGCGUCCAAGCCUUGUGA